AUGGACGACGACAUCGACAGCUCCUGCUCCACCCCUUUCGCCAGCGCGCCGUCCAGCCCCGGCCGCUCCCCUUCCAUCUUCGGCGGCGGCGGCGGCGGCGGCGGCUAUUUUUUCAGUGCACCGGCCAGCCCCAUCCACCACCUGUUGUUCUCGUCCUCCUCGGCCGCCGCUGGUGCCCCUAAUGGCGGCGGGUACGGUGGACUAGGUGACGCGGAGUUCGAGUUCGGCGGCCCUGGCGAGCACAUGAUCUCUGCUGACGAGCUCUUCCAGAACGGCCAGAUCCGGCCGCUCACCCUGUCCCCGCUCCCGGAUCUCGACCCCGACAGCGAAGAAGAUGACAGCGAACGGCGCCACGGCCCCGCGCGCGGCCGCGAGCCCACGUUCCGGAGCGGCUCCGUGCACCGCCGCGCCCGGUCGAUGUCCCCGAUGCGCAGCCCGUCCCCGCGGCUCAAGCUUCUCAGUGCGCUCGUCCCCGCGCCGGAUCUUGGCUCCGUGUCCCUCUCGACUGGGGCGCAGGAGGCCCCGCCGCCGGUCACCGCCUCGUCGCGCUCCUCCUCGUCCUCGUCGACCUCCUCCUCGUCGUCCGCGUCGUCCGCCCGCGGAUCCCGGCGGUGGGUUAUCCUCAAGGACAUGCUCCUCCACCGCAGCAAAAGCGAGCCCGGCAGCGCCCAUGCGCACGAAGCCCCUGCGGCCGCCGCCAAGCCGGAGAAGGCAUGGCAGUUCUCGCCUUCGUGGGCGUCGAGGGACAAGGUCAUCGCGAAGCUGCGCGGGGCGAGGCCAUCACCGCAAUCGGAGACGGGAGCGGCGGCCAGCGGCGGCGCCGGUGAGGGCGACGAAUCCCGGACGACGCGGAGCCAGGGCAGGUCCAAGGGUCGGCGGCGCUCAACGACGGUGGCGGCCGCGCACGAGAGGCUUUACGCGGCGCCGAACAGGGCGCAGGCGGAGGAGAUGCGGCGGCGGACGUUCCUGCCGUACCGGCAGGGCGUGCUCGGCUGCCUCGGCUUCAGCUCCCGCGGCUACGGCGCGCUCCGCGGGUUCUCGAAAACCCUCAGCCCCGUCUUCUCCCGGUAA